AUGUCGACCGUGCAUCCCUUGAGCGAUGCCAAUGACCCUCCAACUUUCUCCAGCAAUAAGACUUUCUCUCCUGUGUCCAUCAAACAUUUUCGAUGGUUUCCAUCGUAUCGUUCCUUGACAGCUGUUAUGCUUUGCAUGUGUUUUGCAAGGUAAGAUUUAUGGAAUAUGAUGUUAUUGACAUUCCUUUCGCUUGAUCACUUUAUUAUGUCUGCUCAUUACUGAAUUUAUGGAUAGUAAGCAAAUAAUUACAGUAUCCACAUGAUGAAUGGCAAUAUGGGAAUGGCGAUUAUCUGUAUGAUUAACGAAACGACCAUUGACAAUGGAACUACAGUCGCUGAAGUGGAUCCUCAAACAGCCCCAAAAGUAAACUGGACUCCAGAAGAACAGGGGUACAUUUUUGGGGCAUUCAAUGCGGGGCUUUUGUGUAUGCUGAUUACUGGGUUCAUGGCUGACAAAUUCAAUGCGAAAUGGAUGAUAAUCGUCAGUGUUCUUCUCGCUUCAGCUGCCAAUGUUAUGAUCCCACUGACUUCACAGAUGCAGUGAGUCAAACAUUAAUCUAGUCAAAUUUUUUAGUGUUAACUAUGCAAUCACAGCCAGAUUUCUCGUUGGUCUUGCUGAUUCGUUAACGCAGCCUGCAUUGAAUUCGCUUUUGACUAGAUGGUUUCCAAGCUCAGAAAGGAGUUAUGCUCUUGGUGUGGCCACUGGCGGACGUCAGAUUGGUAAAUAUUAUUAUUAUUAACUGUUGACAAUUCCAUUGUGUUUACUUCCUUGUUUAGGUACGUUACUCAUUGUCCCUACGGCCGGUGCCUUGUGCAAUCAAAGCGCUUUCUUCGGUGGGUGGCCAUCUAUUUUUUAUCUUUCGGCCUUUACUGGGAUUGUGUUUGUUUUUAUUUACCUGUUGGUAGGAGCGGACAAACCCUCGAAGCAGGUAGUCAACAUAUUUCUGUUUAAUAUUUCUGUUCAGAGUUGUAUUUCAACAGGAGAAUUAAGUUACAUUACUUUAUCCAAUAGUAGUGAAGACGUGGGUAAAAAACGAACGGAAAGGGAAGUUCCAUGGCUAGAAAUCCUAAAAUCUGGGCCAGUGUGGGCCGCGUUAAUAUCAGUUGUGUGCCACGAGUUCCCUUUGAUGACCAUGAUCAUGUUCUUGCCGAGUUAUCUCCAUGAUGUUUAUCAUUACGAUGCCCAGCAAAAUGGUAUUAUGAGUUCGUUUCCGACGGCAUGUCUGUUUGUUGCAAAGCUGGCCUGUUCUUAUUUGAAUACUUGGAUGCACAAGAAGACGACAUGGAAUAUCACGACCAUCUCCAAGGUCCUGAAUGGUGUGGGCUCCGCUGGAUUGGCUUUGUUUAUGGUUGCAGCCACUUUCCUGGACGCUAGCCACGCCUCAUUAGCUGUCGUAUUCCUCUGUUUUAGUAUGGCUUUUACUGGUCUUCAUACUCCUGGAUGUCAGGCAGCUCUUGUUGCGAUAGCACCGGCGUAUUCUGGGGCCAUUACUGGACUAACCUUCUUUUUUGUCGCUAUUUCCGGGAUGAUUAACCCCGCGAUGACCAAAUGGAUUGUGAGGACAGGGUCCGCUGCUGAAUGGAAUCUCGUAUUUUACAUCUCGACGGUUAUUGCAUUGCUUCCUGUAGUAAUAUUUACUCUGUGGGGCUCUGCUGAUGUUCAAAGGUAAGGUUUGGUUGGUCUUAUUUGUAAUCGUUUUAGCUGGGCAAGAAGUCCUUCUUACAACGAAGAGAAAAACAAGAAGAAUAUCAAAGUAAUUUCAUACACAACCACCGAUAACGUGGCCUAA